AUGACACCCGCGCUGGGCAAUCGCAUCACAAUGAAAGCUAUUUGGACAUUGGGGUCGGGACUCAGAACACCUGCGGCGAAGUGCAGUGUCACGCCUCGACUCGCCGCGCCUAGUCUCUCCCGACCUCUCGGCCGCUCUCGAUUCCUCUCCACUUCCAGAAGCAGAGUACCGCUUGGUGUUAAGAUACGCAAUUAUAUCGUUCAGGCUCGCAACGACAGGCCCAUCGGCUUCCCUGUCCUCGUGCUUGCUACUACAGCCUCUGUGCUGGGGCUGGGAAUCGUUGUCUACGAUGAGUACUUUAUUCAAGGUCCCAAGUAUUCAAACUAUCCCGAUGGCGUUGAACAGCAGCUCCGUGUUGCUCUGCACUAUACACAUGUCCGUCCGGACAAGGAGAUGGCUCUUGAGUACUUCCAGCGAGCAAUUCGACUUGCAGACGAGAGUCCCAUGGAUCCGUUUGGCGAAGAGUUUCUCGGUCUACGGAUCAGGUAUGCUGAGAUGCUCGAGCACUUUGGACACGUCAAAUCUGCGGUCGAAGUGCUAAACCUACUCUCCAAAGACUGCGAAGAGAAGAUGAGAGAGCUGGACCAGAGCGGCAAAACCGAUGAGCCUUCCAAAACACUGCGGAGACGUCUGGUAAAAGGCAUUAUUCAGUACAGGGUCAAGAUGUCCUCCCUCUACGAGACAGACUACCUGCAAGAUAUGCCCGCAGCGAAGCAAGUCCUAUCCGAUGCAAUUGGCUUGCUGGUGAAGGAGACGCAAGACCCACAAACGAAAGGUUUCACGGAGGACAACGCAGCAGACAUGUCAUUUGAAGAGAUUGCUGCCAUGCUUUCGCAGAUGGGAGAUCUGUAUGCUGUGACUGGUGAAGAGGCAAAUGCUGUACAGGUGUACAUGUUGACGCUUCAACCACUUCGUGCCGCUUGCAACAAUUCCCGGUCAUGCAAGGAGGCGCAGGUCUUGAGCAACAUUGCUUCAACGAUGGAUCUUGCGGCGAAACGACCCAACGCCAAGAUCAAUGGGCGGCCAGCUACCAAGGACUCACUGAUUGCAGCUCGACGGGCCACGCUGAAAUGGGCAGACCAUGCGCUCGCAGCUGUCGAUGCUACUCCUGAUGGCGAUCGCGACCCCAUCUGCCAAAUGGCUAUCGUUUCAGCGAGAAUGACGAAGUCGGAUCUGUUGCUCGAACUGGGCGACAAGAUCAAAGCGAAAGACGAGUUGACCGGCCUGAUCCCCGUGUUGAAAGAGAAGGGUUUAACGCAACUAGUGCCCCAGGCAGAACAAGCACUUCAAAGGGCCAAUGCUUGA